UUAACCUAAAUGUCAAAGGAAUUACAAGGCACCAUUAAUCGAUCGACGAUGCCGCAGCUCUGCUAAAAUCUGUGCUCUACCCUUGCUGUUUCUCCUCGACCGACAGGACCGCACGCGGGCUCUCUACGUCUUUCGGCGAAAUGGCAACAACGGUGAAACUGAACACCGGUGCACAAAUGCCCAUUGUCGGACUGGGGACAUGGAAGUCUGGCCCUGGUAAGGUUACAGAGGCAGUGAAAGCAGCCAUCUCAGCAGGUUACAGGCACAUUGAUGGGGCGUAUAUCUACCACAACGAGGAAGAGGUGGGAGAGGGUGUUCAGGCCAUGAUUAAGGACGGUGUGGUUAAGAGAGAGGAUCUUUUCAUCGUUAGCAAGCUUUGGUGCACUUUCCAUGAGAAGUCCCUGGUGAGGAGAGCCUGUGAGAAGACUCUCAGUGAUCUUAAACUGGACUACCUAGACCUCUAUCUAGUGCACUGGCCCAUGGGUUUUCCGUCUGGCGGUGAGGAUUUUCCUGUCGACAGCACAGGAGAGAUAAUCAGUGAUGAUACUCACUUCCUUGAGACAUGGGAGGGGAUGGAAGAACUGAUGGACGCUGGUUUGGUCAAAGCUAUCGGUGUCUCCAACUUCAACAAGGAGCAAAUUGAAGCCAUUCUCAACAAGCCAGGACUCAAAUACAAGCCUGCCAACAACCAGGUGGAGUGCCACCCGUACCUGACCCAGGAGAAGCUGGUCAAUUACUGCCAUUCUCAGGGCAUCUCAGUGACAGCUUACAGCCCCCUGGGCUCCCCUGAUAGACCCUGGGCUAAACCAGAAGACCCAUCACUUCUGGAGGAUCCCAACAUUAAGGCCAUUGCGGAAAAGCACAAGAAGACAUCCGCUCAGGUCCUGAUCCGCUUCCAAAUUCAGAGGAACGUGAUCGUGAUCCCCAAGUCCAUCACGCCUAAGCGCAUUCAGGAGAAUUUCCAAGUGUUUGACUUUGAACUAAGUGAGGAGGAAAUGAAAACUGUGUUGGGAUUCAACAAGAACUGGAGAGCCUGUCCCAUGCAGUGGAGCACGAAGCACAAGGACUAUCCAUUCAAUGCUGAAUUCUGAGAAGAAACAGGGAUUUCCCAAAGGUUUACAGUGGGGGGUGGCGUUUGCUUCUCUACCUUCUAGAAUGAUUGCUUUCCUAAUCUUUAGAGCAGUUUACUGUUACUGGUCUUGUGUCCAUACAGUUUUACACACACUCCAAAGUCGUAUUAACACUCAAGAUGCUCAGUUGCUCCCAUUAUGGGUGUGAGUUUUGCAAUAGUACAAUUGAGUAUUAGAAUCUUUUCCUUACAUGGUCAAUGAGUAGCAGUUCUGAGUUAAUUCUGAGAACAGAGGGAGAAAUUUACAAAAGCAUGGACAUUAAUAAGCGUCAGUUUCACGUGUUUGUAGUUUUACGUGUAAGAUGAAAAAAGUACCUACAGUUAAUUCUAGUAGCCAAACUUAAAUAUAAAAUCCGUAUUUAAGUCAAAAUAUAUUUUUGUAGCACAAAUGUGAUACAUCCAGCAAUGUAUCAUACUUCAAAGCACUCCUUAUUUAACUAAACCAGUUUUCCUCCUAAUUUCUGUCAUAGCAGAUUGGUUUAUUUUGAUCACUUGGGCAGAGGUAUUAGUGCUUUAGGCUAUAAAUUCCAUCACAAAAUUAUAAGCACUGUUGUCUCUGUGAAAUAUACAAAAUAUUUCCUCAACUUGGAUGACACUAUUACCUGUGAGUCAUAUGUGGCACUUUGUAAUCAUGUGUUUUAACCCUGUUACGAAAUAAUCUCUUUCACUUCCUGUACCGGCUGUUUUCAUAAAGCAUUACAAUAAAAUCCUGUGGGAGAAAAUAA